ACCACAUCGAAGGCUGACGACAGCAAACUUUCUUUGCUGUCCUUGGAGAUCUUCUCUCCUCCGGGCUCCAUUUUUACAGCUGCACCAUCCUCACCAUCCUCUUCUUCAGAUAUUUUCAUGUGGAUCAGUGAGUGAAAAUCUGCAGACAUGUCACCCUUCCUGCGGAUCGGCUUCUCCAACUUUGAGAUUGAUCCUGGUCUGGCCUACUUUGAGGAGGUGCUGAACCCGUACUGUGCCGUCUACAUGAAGGAGGCCGUCAACACAGAAAAGGGCCAAAUGUACAAACAGAAGAAACCGACCAUGUACCCGCCGUGGAGCACCACCUUUGACGCUCACAUCCACCGCGGCCGCAUCAUGCACAUCAUGGUGAAGGACCGGACGGCAGAGCUGAAGUCUGAGGCCACGGUGGCGCUGGACUCCCUGGCAACGCGAUGCAAGAAGGAGAACGGCAAGCUGGAGAUCUGGUUGGAGCUGAAGCCACAGGGCCGCCUGCUAAUGGAAGCCAGAUAUUAUCUGGAGAAAAGCGAUUCUCCAGGUCAAAAUGAGGGAGAUGCAGAGAGGGAAAUGGACGGUUUGUUCACGCUCCAUCAGCGUCGCGGCGCCAUCAAGCAAGCCAAAAUCCAUUUGGUCAAAUGUCACGAGUUCAGCGCCACAUUCUUCCCUCAGCCGACCUUCUGCUCCGUCUGCAAGGAGUUCGUCUGGGGACUGAACAAACAGGGUUACCAAUGCAGACAAUGCAAUGCAGCCAUCCAAAAGUGCAUUGACAAAGUUAUCGCCAAAUGCACUGGAUCCGCCAUCAACAGCAACGAAACAAUGAUCCAUAAGGAGCGCUUCAAGAUCGACAUGCCGCACAGGUUUAAAGUCUAUAACUACAAAAGCCCCACGUUCUGUGAACACUGUGGAACGCUGCUGUGGGGACUCGCCAGGCAGGGCCUCAAAUGUGACGAAUGCAGCAUGAAUGUCCACCAUAAAUGCCAGAUGAAAGUGGCCAACCUCUGUGGAAUCAACCAAAAACUGAUGGCUGAAGCUCUGGCCAUCAUCGGGAGUAAACAGCAGGCCAGAAGCACCAAAGAAACUGACUCCAUUGGUCGAGAAGGUCCCGUUGGUAUCGGGCAACCAGGAGUGGUUCGAGCUCCAUCGGGAUUAGCGGUGGGUUUACCAGCCUCGGUUACACCUGCAAACAAAGACCUGCAGGGUGUUUCAUGGGAAGGUCCAACAGCCCUGAUCCGGCCCAUCAGUGAGGCAGCGGUGGGGGAGGAGGAGGAGCCUGUGUACGCUGUUCCCAGGAAGGACCGCCCCCACAGAUUCACCUUGGAGGACUUCACCCUCCACAAGAUGCUCGGGAAGGGUAGCUUUGGAAAAGUGUUUUUAGCCGAGCUGAAGAAGACAGGGCAGUUUUUUGCGGUGAAGGUGCUAAAGAAGGACGUGGUCCUGAUGGACGAUGAUGUUGAGUGCACCAUGGUAGAGCGGAGGGUCCUCUCCUUGGCCUGGGAAAACCCUUUCCUGACCCACCUUUACUGCACCUUUCAGACUAAGGAGAACCUCUUCUUCGUGAUGGAGUACCUCAACGGGGGCGAUCUCAUGUUCCACAUCCAGAACUGCCAAAAGUUUGACUUGCACAGAUCCAUCUUCUACGCCGCUGAGAUCAUCUGUGGACUUCAGUUCCUGCACACGAAGGGAAUCAUUUACAGGGACCUGAAACUGGACAACGUUCUGCUGGACACUGAGGGUCACAUCAAGCUCGCAGACUUCGGCAUGUGCAAAGAGAACAUGCAGGAAGACUCACGGACCUCCACGUUCUGUGGGACGCCUGACUACAUUGCCCCAGAGAUUCUGCUGGGUCAGAAGUACAACGCCUCUGUGGACUGGUGGUCGUUUGGCGUGCUGCUCUACGAGAUGCUAAUUGGACAGUCUCCGUUCCACGGCCGCGAUGAGGAGCAGCUCUUUCAGUCCAUACGAACAGACAACCCCUUCUACCCCCGCUGGCUCACCAAAGACACCAUAGACAUUCUGGUCAAGCUCUUCGUCAGGGAGCCCGAGGAGCGUCUCGGAGUGAAGGGCAACAUCAGGGAGCACAGCUUCUUCAGUGGCACCAACUGGACCGCCACAGAGAAACGACAGGUGGAGCCACCCUUCAGGCCAACCUUAACGUCACCCAGCGACUGCAGCAACUUCGAUAAAGAGUUCAUCAACGAGAAGCCUCGACUGUCAUGUGCCGACCGGACACUCAUCAACAGCGUCGACCAGACAAUGUUUAGUAACUUCUCCUUCAUUAACCCGGACACGACCCGAAUAACCGUCGCCAAGCAACCUCACCUUCUCCAUUAACCCGGACACGACCCAAAUAACCGUCGCCAAGCAACCUCACCUUCUCCUCCAUUAACCCGGACACGACCCGAAUAACCGUCGCCAAGCAACCUCACCUUCUCCUCCAUUAACCCGGACACGACCCGAAUAACCGUCGCCAAGCAACCUCACCUUCUCCUCCAUUAACCCGGACACGACCCGAAUAACCGUCGCCAAGCAACUUCAACUUCUCCUCCAUUAACCCGGACACGACCCGAAUAACCGUCGCCAAGCAACCUCAACUUCUCCUCCAUUAACCCGGACGCGACCCGAAUAACCGUCGCCAAGCAACCUCACCUUCUCCUCCAUUAACCCGGACGCGACCCGAAUAACCGUCGCCAAGCAACUUCAACUUCUCCUCCAUUAACCCGGACACGACCCGAAUAACCGUCGCCAAGCAACCUCAACUUCUCCUCCAUUAACCCGGACGCGACCCGAAUAACCGUCGCCAAGCAACCUCACCUUCUCCUCCAUUAACCCGGACGCGACCCGAAUAACCGUCGCCAAGCAACUUCAACUUCUCCUCCAUUAACCCGGACACGACCCGAAUAACCGUCGCCAAGCAACUUCAACUUCUCCUCCAUUAACCCGGACACGACCCGAAUAACCGUCGCCAAGCAACCUCAACUUCUCCUCCAUUAACCCGGACGCGACCCGAAUAACCGUCGCCAAGCAACCUCACCUUCUCCAUUAACCCGGGCACGACCCGAUUAACAGUCGCCAAACAUCUUCAACUUUACAACUAAACGGGCCCAAACGGCAACCGGCUCUUCGCUUCAUCUCUGCUGCCAUUCUCCGUUUUCUGCUUAAAAAAAAAAACUAAAAUAUUCUUACAAAAUCACUCCUGAUGCAUCUUUAGCCUUCAUUUCCAACAGGAAAAGCAGGAUUUCAGGUCUGCUAUUAAGAUCUUGUAAUUAUUAUUAGCUUCGAACUAUGACGUAGCAUCUCAUAAAUAUGACUCAGUCAACAUUUCCUAAUUCAGACAUUUAUCUCAUUUUUAGGAGUUACAAUCUUUAAUUAUGAGUUACUAUCUUGUUUGGCAUCUUGCACUUGUCACUGUUAAUGACAACUUCAUUUCAUAACUAUAAUUUCUUUUUGUACUUACCUUGUAAUUAUGUCUCAGACUUUAUAUUAUGACUUUGCCUUAGCAUCACUUACUUAUGACUUUACACCUUGUAAUUGACUUUAAAUUUAGCAGUUGCUAAUUAGAGCUAUCUUGUAAUUAUGAUUUGACAUUUAGCAGUUGCUAAUUAGAGCUAGCUUAUAAUUAUGAUUUGACAUUUAGCAGUUGCUAAUUAGAGCUAGCUUAUAAUUAUGACUUUUUAGCAGUUACUAAUUAGAGCUAGCUUGUAAUUAUGAUGACAUUUAGCAGUUACUAAUUAGCGCUAGCUUGUAAUUAUGACUUGAAAUUUAGCAGUUGCUAAUUAGAGCUAGCUUGUAAUUAUGACUUUUUAGCAGUUGCUAAUUAGAGCUAGCUUGUAAUUAUGACUUGAAAUUUAGCAGUUGCUAAUUAGAGCUAGCUUGUAAUUAUGACUUUUUAGCAGUUGCUAAUUAGAGCUAGCUUGUAAAUAUGACUUGAAAUUUAGCAGUUGCUAAUUAGAGCUAGCUUGUAAUUAUGACUUUUUAGCAGUUGCUAAUUAGAGCUAGCUUGUAAUUAUGACUUGAAAUUUAGCAGUUGCUAAUUAGAGCUAGCUUGUAAUUAUGACUUUAGCAGUUGCUAAUUAGAGCUAGCUUAUAUUAUGAUUUGACAUUUAGCAGUUGCUAAUUAGAGCUAACAUAAUUAUUACUUGACAUUUAGCAGUCGCUAAUUAGAGCUAGCUUGUAAUUAUGACAUUUAGUAGUUACUAAUUAGAGCUAGCUUGUAAUUAUGACAUUUAGCAGUUACUAAUUAGAGCUAGCUUUUAAUUAUGAUGACAUUUAGCAGUUACUAAUUAGAGCUAGCUUUUAAUUAUGACAUUUAGCAGUUACUAAUUAGAGCUAGCUUUUAAUUAUGACGACAUUUAGCAGUUACUAAUUAGAGCUAGCUUGUAAUUAUGCCUUUUUAGCAUUUGUUAAUUAGAGCCAGCUUGUAAUUAUGACAUUUAGCAGUUACUAAUGAUGACAUUUAGCAGUUACUAAUUAGAGCUAGCUUGUAAUUAUGACAUUUAGCAGUUACUAAUUAGAGCUAGCUUGUAAUUAUGACAUUUAGCAGUUACUAAUUAGAGCUGGCUUGUAAUUAUGAUGACAUUUAGCAGUUACUAAUUAGAGCUAGCUUGUAAUUAUGACAUUUAGCAGUUACUAAUUAGAGCUAGCUUGUAAUUAUGACAUUUAGCAGUUACUAAUUAGAGCUAGCUUGUAAUUAUGACAUUUAGCAGUUACUAAUUAGAGCUAGCUUGUAAUUAUGAUGACAUUUAGCAGUUACUAAUUAGAGCUAGCUUGUAAUUAUGCCUUUUUAGCAUUUGUUAAUUAGAGCUAGCUUGUAAUUAUGCCUUUAGCAUUUGCUAAUUAGAGCUAGCUUAUAAUUAUGACUUUUUAGCAGUUGCUAAUUAGCGCUAUCUUAUGACAUUUAGCAGUUGCUAAUUAGAGCUAGCUUGUAAUUAUGACUUUGCAUACUGCAAUACAACAGAAUUCUUUAAUAGUAGUUCAUAAAUACAAUUCACUUUAUUUCCUAAUUGACUUACUCUCAUUGAUUCAGCAUACUGCAGUUAUGACUUUGCAUCCUCCAUGUCUUAGCAUCUUGUUCCACUUUGUACUGAUGACUUAGCAUAUGGAAAAAAAAAAAGGCAAAACUUAGCAUGUAAAAAAAAAAAACGUUAGCAUAUUGUAAAAAAAAAACCCUUAGCAUAUCAUUAAAAAACAGCAUAUUGUUAAAAAACACUUAGCCUAUUGAAAAAAAAAAUGUUAAAAAAAUAAUAAAGUCAGCAUAACGUAAUUAACUCUUAGCAUCUUCUCGUCCAAAGGUUCACUAGUCUGUAUGUAUUUACUCCAACUUAAGCUGUCACAAUUCUGACUCAAUCCUGAAGGUUGGAUAAUUGGCAUUUGAAUUAAAUUCCAAAGUCUUAAUUCUGUAAUAUUGUGUACAUAGCGUAAAUUUUGCCGGAUACGGCAAACACGCAGCAAUAUUUGACUGGAUCUCCUCGCUGAUUGGCUAUAGUUCAAAUGACGUCAUUGUAGAGGGUAUUUCAGCAUCGCGGCAUUGAGUGUUGGUGCUAAUUUUUCAUCUUUUAAUGCCAUUUUGGGUCAUAAAGUCAUUUGAAUCAGAACAGAAAAUCACCGACUGGUGGAGGGAUUGAUGUCAUUGUAGAGGGUAUUUCAACAUGGCGGUGCCCCUUAGCAUUGCGUGUUGGUGCUUUUUCUUCUUUUAAUGUUUUAGGUGCCAUAAAGUCGUUUGAAUCGGAACAGAAAAUCACCUACUGGCGGAGGAUUCUCGGACGCUAAAAGCAGCUCAAAAACGUGGCAUAGCUGUGCCCAAGAAUGACACCAUUAAGUUUUUUUGCAGUCUUGGUAAUUUUCUGUGUCAGAAGGGGAUGAUAAACAACUUAUUUUUUAUUUGGCCUUAAGUGGCCUCAAUUUGUGUAGCUAACAUUUUAAAACAUUCAAAAUGCCAUGGUAAACAGAAAUAAUCUCUUAGAUUUGUGAUUUACAAAACCUGCAAAUUCAAGACAGAAUAAAAACAAAAAUACAGAAGUCGGCACGUGUGUUUAUCCUGUUUAUUCUGUCAGUGUCAUGUCUGCAAAACCUUCGAUCAGUCCACCCCUGAAAAUAGUGAAUGGUAAAAUAUGCCAAUUUUCAAUAAUGAAAAUCACCAAUAUCGAGCUACUAUCAUGAAAGUGAAACAAGGAGAUCUUAAACUCCGAUCGCCUUCAAGUUCCCGGCUGAGCACUGCCAUUCCGUUCCAUCGUCAAUAAAUUUAGACAGCCAGCAAAACGGCGGGUUGCACUGUUUUGCUGGUGCCGUGUACGGCGAAAUAUUGUCCAGUUCAACUUUGCAGAGGGCGCCACCAUGUUGAAAUAAACUCUAUGAUGACGUCAUUUGAACUAGUCAAUCAGCGAGGAGAUCCGGUCAAUAACUCUAGGUGCGUAUUUGCCGUAUCCGGCAAAAUAUACACUGCUUAUUGCCUAUGACAUUUACACUGUACGGUGCAUCUUUAUAACCAGCGAAGUUAUAAAUUGACAUGUUUUUUUUAUAUUAAAAUAAUUUACUGUCACAUCACAGAUGAAAGAAAUGUCUUUAAUUGUAAUGAAAUGCAGAUGUAAGUACACAGCUAGUUGUGCAGCCUACUCAAACGUGGCAUCAAAAUGUAUUCAUUUAUUGACCUGAACCUUUGGCCUAGUGUACCUUCAGACUUGUGGGAUGUUCCUUUCUAUAAUUUAACAUCUUGUUGUGACAUAACAUCUUGUAAUUAAGAGUAACUAAUAAUUAGUUUUUGUGUAACUAUAAUUUAGCAUCUCAUAUUACAACUUGUAAUUAAGACAGCAACUUGGAAUUACAAGUUUUUUCAGUGAUUUAUCAUCAUUGUGAUAUUACAGCUUUUAUUUAAGACAGUAACUCAAUUAAAAGACAGUAUUUUGUAAUUCCGAACUAGCAUUUCAUGUUUUUGUUACAUAGCAUCUCAAUUAUGACUCAGCCUCUUCUGUGAUUUAGCUUCUCUAAUUACAAUGGUAUUUUUUUUCACGAUGACUUAGUACCUCAUGAGUCAGCAAACAUAUGACUCAUACUGUUUGUGUUGGUACACUGAUCACUGCAGAUGCUCCACUAAACUUUGUACAUCAGAAUGUUAGUCACUGAAUUUGUGCUCAUAAUGAACUUAUUUUACCUCAUUUUGUGUAAAUAAAUGUAAUGAUAUUUGUAGAUGUGUAGCAGAGGACAUAUUUUGUUAACAUUUUUUUUCUCCCUAUUGUACCCUGUCAUUCUUUAACAUAAUGUGGUAACAUACUGUGUGGAACAGCUUUUAGUGAUGUCACGGUCCUGACCUGUACAGUAAAAAAAUUAAAAAUUUUUGAAGGCUGUUGUGUUUGUUCAUUUACGUGUCAAAGUGAACAAACAGAUGAACAGAAGACUGAAUUCCUACGUUAUUCUGUGCAGAAACUAUUAAAGAUAAACACAAAAUCUGUAUUUGUCCUAAAGGGGGACCAGAGGACUCGUUCACCGGGGACAUAAAUAGAUUUAAAUAGAUACCUUUUGCAGGAAUCAGAGAACAACUUCUAAACAAAGUCAAAUUAAACUAGGGGAGAAUACAAUGUUUAGCGUGCUACAUUUAGUUGAUAUAUCUCAUUAUGAAGCUGCGGAGUGUUUCAUAUGGUCACAUUCAGGUCGGUCCUGCAGACUGGAUGCUGCUGGUGAAUUUGACGCGGUGAAACAAACCUGUGAGGUAACGGCAUAAAAGUGUCACCACAACUAAAAUGUAAACACUAUGAGGUUAAUUUAAGCACAAAUAAUCAGGUUCCGUCUAAAUGUUUUUAGUGUGUUGUGUUGUCAUGGUAACCACAUCAUGUAUGUGGUACAACUUUCUUUUAACACUUUUUUUUGCAUCAUUUCUACAUCACUGCCCGAACCAAGAUGAUCAAAACCUUAUUGAAAUAAAUGACUCAGCAUCUCAUAGUUACUGCUUCCAUAAAUUGCUUUGGUAACUAUGACUCAGCACGUCUUAAUUAUGAGGUAACACGGUUUGAUAAUGUGCCUAAAGUGGUUGAUUAACUGGAUUCCAGACUUUCAACAGACAAAACAACAAAGAAUCAAACGGUGCAGAGAAAACCAACGGUUCAGCUCCACAUUUUAUUAUCUCCACAACCGCUGAUAAAAGUUCACUGUGAAAAGCUGAAACCUGCACUCAAAGUCUUAUUUUCCCUCCGGCUGCACUUGAACAGUAAACCAGCAGCUGACACAUUCGACAGAACCCGUUCUUACACACGUGGGCGCGUGAGUAACGCCUUUAAAGUUCUUCAUCGAGUCAAUAAAAAUCUCCACAUCUUGAGUCAAACAUUUUCUGCUGCAGAUCUUUACGUUUCAGGAACGUUCAGCCAACAUCAGACAGGAUGUGCGUUUUUAUAUGCAGGAGGCAACAUGGGGUCAUUAAGAUUUUCAUGCAACACCUACAGUCCGUGCGCAAGACCUGCACAGCAACAAAAGUUACUGAAGUUACUGUUAGGAGUAAGUAGUGAAAACUUUCACACGCAGGGUUUAACUUCAGGAAGCAGUCUGACAUUUGACCCCAGUGAGUGACCUCUGGUGACCCUGCUUUCACUGAAAUACAGAGUUUGGUAGAAACUAAUAAUAGGAGCUGGGAGGAUGCCCUUGACCUGGACUUGGAGAACAAACAGGAAGUGAUGUCAGCUGCAGUGGAAAUCUGUCAGAGCUUCAAAAGGAGAAAAACUGUAUUUGGUGAUUUCAGAACAGUGUUAUAUCAACUCUGAACAGAGUGUCAAAUCAGUGAAUGGACCAUGAAUAAACAGUAUCAAAUCAGCUGCAUCAUCAUUUAAAGUCAACUCUACUUGAAGGUAUAAAUGAACGGAGCGUGGUCAAGAUGGCUGAACAGUGUUUUUGAUGACUGUGCUUUAACACAUUUCUGAUUCGACGCCAUUUUACUGUUUCAAC